CAGUCAAGUUCUGACGAGAAUGGUCGGAAGCGCGGGGUCACAUUCCGAACAGACAACUGCUCUGUGAACUGGAGCCCGUUGGGGAAGCAUGCCAUCCAUGGGGUGAACAAUAUGACAUUCGGCCACCUCUCCUGUGACAGCCAGGCUGCCGUGGUGGUCCACUGGACGACCAGCCCUCUAGGUAUUGAGCAUGUGAAGGGCUUCAGAGUAUACCUAGAGGAUAAGAACCCAGAGGGCAAACAGUGUCAACACAUGAUCCUCAAAGACCCACGGCCGCUCAACUUCUCCUACAAGACUGUGAAGAUGAGCUCACAGCCCUUCCCUGGCCUGGCCUUUGAGACAGAUUACAUGGUCCGUGUUGUUCCCUUCCCCACCGUCAUGAACGACAGCUUCUUCCCCCCGUCCUUCCUGCGCACAAACUCCUGUGAAGUUCUACUGGGCCCAGACAACCUGGUCUGCAAACCAUUCUGGAAGCCCAAGACCCUCAACAUCUCCCAGCUGGGCUCCAACCUCCAUGUUGUCUUCGACCAUGCCCCCUCCACCUUCGGCUUCACCAUCUACUACCUGUACUACAAACUACGACAGGAGGGACCAUUCAGGCUUAAACGCUGCAAACCAGAGUUCAAUCUGCCCAUAACAACAUGCGUUCUUCAAGAUGUGAUGCCAGGAACCUAUGCGAUUGAGCUGAGAGAUGACACCAACACUACCAGAAGACAGGCCCAGUACCACGUAAGCCAAGUCCACUCCCUGUGGGCAGGGCCUAUCAGAGCCAUGGCCAUCACUGUCCCGCUAGUCAUCGUGUCUGCCUUCGCUACACUCUUCACUGUAAUGUGCCGGAAGAAACAAGAGAAUAUCUACUCCCAUCUGGAUGAGGAGAGCUCUGAGUCAUCGUCUCUCACCACAGCUCUGAAUGCAGACAGAUCCUGGCCCCGGACUAAGGUGUUUGUCUGCUACUCCACUAAGGACUGCCCCAAACACCUCGCUGUCAUACAGAGCUUCGCCUUCUUCCUCCAGGACUUCUGUGGCUGUGAGGUGACUCUGGACCUGUGGGAGCACCUGCAGAUCUGUAAGGAGGGCCAGAUGUCCUGGCUGAGUCGGCAGAUGGAUGAAGCUCACUACAUCAUCACUGUCUGCUCCAAGGGCCUCAAGUACUAUAUAGAGAAGAGCCAUAGGGGGAAAUCACCAGCCAGAGGAGGUGGAGCAGCAGCAGCAUUAAACGGAGCAGAGCUCUUCAUCGUCGCAGUGGCCAUGAUUGGGGAGAAGCUCUGUGAGGCGCGCCAGAAAGACCAGGACCUGUCUCGCUUCAUGGCCGUCUACUUCGACUACUCCCACGAGAGCGACGUCCCGACCGUGCUGAGCCUCGCUCCCAAGUUCAAGCUCAUGGAUCAGCUCCCUCAGAUGUUCGGCCGCCUCCACUCCCGCCACCUCAGUUUACCGGAACGCGAGCCGCAGCCGCUCAACAUCAGCAAGAGGAACUACUUCCGGAGCAAUUCGGGGCGGUCUCUAUACGUGGCCAUCUGCAACAUGCACCAGCACAUCUCGUUGGAGCCUGAUUGGUUCGAGAGGCAGGUGAAACCCGCUCCUUUGGCACCGCCUCUGAAGCAGCGUGACACUGCCGGAGCGUCAUUGUCGUCAUCGUCGCCUCACAUGGAGAAGUUUGACUCUGGCCUGGUGCUCGACGAGGUUCUAUUUAAGUUGCCAUCAGAAAGCGAGGGUACUCUGAAGGGGAAUGUGUUGCUCACAUCUCUCCCUCCCAGCUUGGCCCACUAUUCCCUGGACGGACCCGGGGGGCCUGGGAACAGCCUCUCCAGCUUCUCUCAGGGGGAAUCUGGGGUCACGUCGGGGUCCUCGUCUGGUUUGGGUCUGGGGUCUCUGAGGCCUGUCGUCCCUCCCCAGGCUGGAGAUGGGUCAGCCAGUCCCCCAGAAAUGCCCCGGGACUCUGGGAUCUAUGAUUUGUCAGUGCCCUCUUCUGAGCUGUCCAUCCCCCUCAUGGAGGGCCUGUCACCUGACCAGGCUGACUCCUCCUCCCUGGCCGACAGCGAAUCAUCUUCUUCCGGACUGGGUGAUGAGGAGCCCCCUGCUGUCAGCUCUCUGCACUAUGCCGUGAGCACCAUCUGUAAAGCUGAGCUACACCACCACCAUCUAGAGCAGUCUGAAGGACUGGGACUCGUUCCUGUUCCUCCCUUGCAGUGA